GCCGCUUGCUGCCUCUGCCGAGUCGCAGGCCCGCUCUCGCGAAACCCAUGCGCGCAGACAUGUUCUAACUGAGCGCGCCAACCCAACCACGACCACAUCCUUCCCACCGCCUCGUCGCGCACCACGGCUAUGGCCGCAGCAACCUCCGCAAUGCACCACCUCGUUCCGCACAGCAUGCGCAGCUCCAACCACAACGGGCACAGCGACGAUCGCAACUCCUCCAACCAAUCACAGAAGCACAACAGCCACGCGGACGCGAAGCAGCGCGAAGAGGAAAAGAACCGCUUGGCCGAAUGGGAGGCGGAGAAGGAUCCGCUAGAGCCGGAUGUUGUAGCCGCCGAUCCCACCAAGAAGAGGGUCGGCCAUUCAGCCAAGUACCUACGCUGCGAGGACUUUGAGCUGGUGAAGACACUGGGCACGGGGACGUUCGCGCGAGUAUGGCUUGCGCGCCUCGCAAAUCCCCGUGAAGGAGAUCGGGACAAGGUCUUCGCACUCAAGAUCCUCCGCAAAGUGGACGUGGUACGGCUCAAGCAAGUGGAACACGUCCGCAAUGAACGCAACGUCCUGGCCGCUGUUGCUGGUCAUCCCUUCAUAACGACCAUGGUCGCCAGUUUCCAAGACCAGGACUCGCUCUACAUGCUCCUCGACUACUGCCCCGGUGGUGAAGUUUUCAGCUACCUCCGUCGUGCACGGCGUUUCAAUGAGCCGACGUCCCAGUUCUACGCCGCGGAGAUUGUGUUGAUUCUCGAGUUUUUACACGAAAAAGAAGGCGUCGCUUACAGAGACUUGAAGCCCGAAAACAUCCUGAUAGACGCUGAAGGUCACCUGAAGCUUGUCGAUUUCGGAUUCGCAAAGAAAGUUGAGCAAAGAGAAACGUACACGUUAUGCGGAACCCCAGAGUAUUUGGCUCCUGAAGUGAUCAGGAAUACCGGACAUGGUUGCGCGGUCGACUGGUGGGCUUUUGGUAUUCUCGUUUAUGAGUUCUUGGUCGGCCAACCUCCUUUCUGGGACCAAAACCCUAUGAAGAUCUAUGAGCAAAUUGUGGAAGGGCGUGUUCGCUACCCUUCGGCCAUGUCGCCUGACGCUCGUGACCUCAUUGGCAAGCUUUGCACCGUCGACACGUCCAAACGCCUUGGCAACAUCAAGGGCGGCGUUGGAGCCGUCAAAGCACAUCCCUGGUUCCGUACCAUCGACUGGGAAUCUUUGUAUUACCGGAAGGUCCCGGGCCCAAUCAUUCCGCAUUUGAGAGGACCGGAUGACACUAGGAAUUUCGAUGAGUAUGACCCCGAGCCGGAAGGGCGUCCGCCAUAUACGCAAGACAUGGCGGACAAGUACGACGAGGCGUUCAAGGACUUUUAGAUGAUAGCAUCGGCAACGGUCGUUUGGAAAGAGGAGGUCACCGGGAGUUGUUGGCGGCGAGUUGUGCUUGUACAGAGAGCACCGUGAACUGUAUAUGAAAACGGGCGGCACAAGUUCCACCUGGGCCAAGGAACUGUUGGAUACCCAACGUCGCUUGGAAUACGUUUGACGAGUCCCGAGUCUGGUGUUUUACGGAGGAUUGGAAAGGUUUUGAUACCUGCCGUUUGUCUUUUUCUUAUGGAGGGAGUAGUAGCGGCGCUGCCGCUGCUGCGUACACUGACCCAUGUGGUAUAGGUAUUGUUCUCUUUGAGAGUGUAUAGUUGUACCUACUUAUCACGUUUUCUUUUUCUCAUAGGCCAGGCUAUGCCCUGUAGAUGUUAGCGACAGAACAGCGGCAAUGCCGGUAAUGCAGUUACGCAUGACGGUUGCUCUGAUGAUUGAAUGAAAUGCGGAGUUUUUGGGGGGCUUUG